UUCUGUUUGGUGGUUUUUUCUGCAUCUUGGGUACCAUUUCCCUCUGAUUUUGAGACUUGGUGGCACUCAGAUCUGUGAAGCUUUUGCUUGUUUUGAGAGUGAAUAUAAAUUGGUCGGGUUGGUCUCCUUGGUGGCUUAGGAGGAAUGAGUAAGAAAGAAGAUAGUGAGUUCAAGCUACAGACUUGUGUUCUUAAGGUGAACAUUCACUGUGAUGGGUGCAAGAAGAAGGUGAAGAAGCUGCUGCACAAAAUUGAUGGGGUUUGCACCACCAACAUAGAUGCGGAGCAGGGGAAGGUGACUGUCUCAGGCAUUGCGGAUGCGGCCACCAUCAUCAAGAAGCUCAACAAGGCUGGGAAACAUGCAGAGCUCUGGGGGAGCUCAAAAGGCGGCGGCGGCAGCCUCACCAACCAGCUCCAGAAGCUCGGCCUGGAAAACAAUGGAGGGAAGGGGCAGCAUAAAGAUAAUAAUAACGGCAACGGCAACGGCAACGGGAACGGAAAGGGGGGUCAGGGUCAGAAGGGGGGCGGGGGAGGGAAAGAGCAGAACCCUAAGGGGCUGGGGCUUCUGCAGCCGACACCGCAGCAGCUGCAGCAGCUGCAGCAGCAGAUGCAGAUGAAGGGCUUCAAGGAUCUGAAGCUUCCCCAGCUGAAGGACCUCAAGCUCCCCUUCCAGAAGGACCCCAAGACCGUCAAGUUCGCUGACGUCGACGAUGGCAGCGACUACGACGACGACGACGACGAUUAUGACGACUUUGACGACUUUGACGACGAUGACGACGAAUUCGACUACAUUGAUGGUCUCGGUGACGAUUUCUGCGACGAUCCGAAGAUGAUGAUGAAGCCCGCAAAUAACGUGCAGGGCGGUGGGAACGGGAAGGGCGGUAACGGCGGCGGCAGUAGCAGUAAGAAAGGGGGCGUCGAGGUUCUGGUGCAGGGUAAGGGCGGUAAUGGGGUUAAUAAUGCGAGUGGGGCUGGCAAGAAGGGCGGCGGCGGGGGCGGUAAAAAUGGUGGUGGGGCUUUUGAUGUUAAAAAUGGAGGAGGGGGGAAUAAUAAUGGAAAGGGUGCUCCCAGUGGAAAUGGCGGUCACACCAAUCCUAAUAAUAAUCCUAAUAAUAAUAAUAAUAAUAACAACAACAACAACAACAACAUUAAUAGUAGUAGUGGGGGGAAGAAGGGGGGUGGGGGAGGUGUUGGUGGGAAGAAUAAUGAUGGAGUGGGAGUGGGAGUGGGAGUGGCAAUGGGAGUGGGGGGCCACACCCAUCCCCAUCCCCAUCCCCAUCCCAACCCCAACAUGAUGGCGAACAUGGGUGGUGGUCAAGGCUUCCCUGCAGGCAUGGGCCAGCAGCAUCCGAUGGGCAUGAAUGCGGGGCCCAUGGGGAGCAGCAUCCCCGCCGCCGUCCAGGGCCUCCCGGCUGGGGCCGUGCCCGCAGGCUACUACCAGCCCCGGAUGGCGGCAGCGGCGGCGGCACCCGAGAUGAACCCCUACCAGCAGUACAUGGCCGCGCUGAUGCAGCAGCAGCAGCAGCAGCAGCAGCAGAUGAUGAUGAACAGCAUGGGGUACCUGCCGCCGCCGCCCAUGGGCUAUGGUUACGGUCGGGCGCCGUACAUGAUGCCGCCGCCGCCCCAUCAGCGCGGCGAGCACUACUCCAACAUGUUCAGCGAUGAGAACCCCAACAGCUGCUCCCUCAUGUGAACCAAUUAAUCAAUCAAGCGGGGAUGAGUUUAAAUGAGUGCUGGAUAUUAUUAGAUGGUAGCUCUUCUUCUCUCUAUGAUCUAUCUCCUCUUCUUCUUCUUCUUCUUCUUCUUCUUCGGCUUCUCUUUUUUAAAUCUCGGCAAAGGGAGAAGAAGGGGGCUUCUGAAUAUACAGUGGGAAUCUGGGUGGUUAAUCUUCUUCUUCUUCGUUUCUUUUCCAUUUCUCUUCUUCAUCCUUAAAUCUCUUUUCCGUCUUUCUUUGAACAUCUUCUGUCUUGAUGAAGUUAAAAGUUGGGUAUAAUAUUAUUAUUAUUAUUUAUAAGUAAUAUAUAUAGAACAUGAUAAGGUUUUCUUUAUUACAUGGAAGGAAGCAUUUAGAAGAAAUCAAGGCUGGUGUUUGUUGGUUUUCUUAAUUUAUGGCUCGAUCUCGCUCUAUAAGAUGUGAAAGAAGCUAGCUUAAGAAAAGGAUCUUGAAUGAAUGGAGGAGCUGGAAGCUCUUCUGCUA